AUGCUCUACGCGGGAUACUACAACCUCACUCAAGCAGAGAAGAACAGCUCGGCUGUGUCAUCCCGUCGGGUCUCCAAAGAAUCCACUUCCAGCGAGUCCUCCAAGACGUCGCAGAAGAUCAAGUCCUCCAUCAAAAACGCCCUUGAUCAGCUUCGACCUACCACCGAGACGUUGACGCCGGCGGGCAUCUACUCGCCCGUCAUCAAGCAAGGCGCGCUCUUCGGCCGCAAACAUAGUCAGGCUGAGGUCAGAGUCGAGAUGCCGAAAGCAUAG